AUGGGGGAAGGCGGCGGCCGGCGGGCGGCAGAGCCGGAGCGCUUGGCGCUGGAGCUGGGGCGGGAGAGGCGGAAGCAGCAGAUGCUUGAAAGCUCAAUAUUUGAACUGAGAAACACUGUAGCAGAACUGGAAAAAAGUCUUAACAGUACUGAAAAUGAAGAUAAUGAAUGGAAAACCAGAUAUGAGACACAAGUAGAAUGGAACAAGCAGCUGGAAAGGCAAAUUAAUAUUCUUCAAGAUAAGGUGGAGCUUAUUCGUGGAAAUCCAGCAGAUAAACUGUCCUUUGUUCGCACCUUUGAUAAAAUGCCUGUGGGUUCCUUAAAGGAGGUUCUUAAACAGCUAGAAGAAGAGAAGAAAAUUCUCCAGAACCAGCUAAAGGACUAUGAACUUAGACUGGAACAAGAAGCAAAGGCUUACCACAAAGUUAAUGAUGAGCGGCGCUUGUACCUCUCAGAGAUCUUACAGACCUCAGCUAAACCUAAAAUUUUUGAAAGGAAAAAACCUGAUGCUCUGACUGGCAAGGGAGGAAAACAGAUACUGAGAGGAAGACACAGUGUUCCAGGAAACCCGAAGAUGGUUAAUCCUCAAAAACGAUCAAUUAAAAAGAUUGUAGGAGUGAACCAACUUCCACAGCUAAAACACUGAUUUAAUAUUAAUGCCAAAAACUUCCAGUCACUUUUUAAAAAAAUUAAUUUGACUGAAACUUUCUAAAUUGAAAAUGAAAGUGUGUCUUAUUGCAAUGCUAGACCCCAAUGUCUUCUUGGCAGCCUUAGUCUAAGUGUUCCUCUGCCUA